AUGGGUGGACGUUUAACAACCCCACCAUCAUCAGCAUCAUCAUCAUCGACAACAGCACAUCGAAAUACGGGUAAUGGUUCGGCAACAAAUUUAUCUCAUCCACGUACACAUUCAAAUCAUCAUUCCCAACCUCAUCGUCAUCGUUCAAAUAGUGGUCAUAAUAAUACACAUGGUUUAUUUCGUAAUAAUCCAUCAAAUCAUAAUCGACAUCGUACAGCAUCAACAAAUAUUGAUCCAGCAUCGGCAGCUGCAUUUAAUUUUAAUUUAUUACGUUAUGUUGGCAUUGAACAUGAAUCGGAUGAUCAAAGCUCAGAUGAUGAUUCACCACAAGCUCGUCGACGUUUACAACGUAUACUUAUUGCACUUCGUGAUGUUCCAUGUCCUGUAUGUAAUAAAACAAUUCCAAGUGAUUCGUUUGAUAAACAUAUAAUUCAAUGUUUAUCAAAACCACGUAUAGAUUAUAAUGAAGAUACAUUGACUGAAAAUAAAGGUGAAUGUGUCAUAUGUCUUGAUGAUUUACUAGAGGGACAAAAAAUUGCUCGAUUACCAUGUCUGUGUAUUUAUCAUAAAAGUUGUAUCGACAAUUGGUUUCGUAUCAAUCGGUCAUGUCCUGAACAUCCCGGCGAUUGA